ACCCAAAUAUACUAACAAAAGAUUUUAAACUGAGAUUGCCCUGUCUUUGGAAUACCGAUGCAAUGGCUUACAAUAAAUGGGAUAUCUCGCUACCUCGGCUAUUUAAAUGAAUGUGUGUACAUUCAUCUAUAUACUGAUAAGUCUGCAUUCCAUUUUUUUACCUCAUGUGCGGUAACCAUUUAAUAGCAUGAUUAAAAAUAAACAGAAAAUGUACUUUCGGUUAUCCAAUAUACAGAAACCGAAACAAGUUCAUUUCAUGAGCUGUGUGAAAACAAACGUUUCAAGGGAAUUAGAGAAGUUUUGAAUGGUUGAAAAAUAGUAAAUAGAUAUGUUAAAGCAGGAUCACUUUUUUGCAUGCCUGGCGGCCAUACUGAGACUCCCGGCAUUUUUUCUGUUGGAGAAAUGGCUUCAGUCAUCUGAAGGGGAGGUUUGGUCACAAAAACAUGUAGCGGUGACUGUUCUCUUUGGGGCCACACUCUUAAUAUGUCUACCCAAGGACCAGCUCUUUGAGUUGUUCGAGAUAAUUAUUGGAUUCAUCCUUCUUACCAGUUAUAAUGUAAAUAUUCAAAACUCUACCGUUGAAAAAUCAAGUGGAGAAAAGACCAAUGACAUAGAUAUACAUGUAAUGAAAGCGCUUUAUGUGACCUGCGUAUUUGGUCUUCUUGUAGCGUUUGUAUUCAGAAAGAAAGGAAUUAAGACAAUCCUUAUAGUGAUGUCAUGUUUGCCAAUUAUUAUUUUGUAUUCAGAGUUACCUGUAACAAUCAUUCAUUAUGUCAAUUAUUUGGCAAACGCAUUGCUACUUUGCCAUUUAAUAUAUUCAUUGUGUUUUGCAGCACGUAUAGUAAAAUUCGCGUUCAGCUAUUUGAUUGAAGAUAUUCGCCGAGAGGGUACCUGUAUGCCUGCUUUGGAGUAUCUUGUUCACUCUUUAUUUUUGCAGCACCAAAUUUUGUUAUUUUGGCUUGCCUCAUUUACCUUAAAUAUCUUUUAUUACCUUACAUUGAUUUCGAUUGCCGAUGCAAAUGUGAUGCGUCUAAACUGGAUAACAAUUUUGUUCAUGUGUAUUAGCGAAUGUUGCAAUACGUAUAUAGGUUUGUUAGCAACAAGUGUUGCAUUGUCGUAUGCAUCGUACUAUACCCGACACAUGAUGAUAAUUGUUCUUUGUGGCAAAAGAAUGAACACUAUCAAUGAUAUUGGCUAUGCAAUCAUAGAUGCAAUGAUAAUGUUUUUGAUGAGCAUUGAAGGUGGAAUAAUAGAUAUGAAAGCCACAAUCAACCACCAAUAUCUGCUAAACAGAGCAUUAAUUUUCCGACUAAUAUUUCUAUAUUCCGCUACAUUCUUUCUCAGUAAUACCUAUCAAUUGUUAAACUUAAAACUCCUUACUUUUGGAGCAUCACCGGUCACAAAAGUGUUCCAGCACAUUAAAGCUCUUGGACUAUAUUCUAUUAUCCUCGUGUUCUUGUUAUGCACUUUACACUUGAUAAAUCAGCUGAUUUCUGACGUCAUGGUAACAUAUCCAGUGUUGAUUAUCGGAUUUUCGACAAUAGUCCAAAUUUUCUGCUCGAUGUUGACUUAUGCUAUAUUCAUGUACGAUGUCAUUUAUUGCGUUGAACAUCUCGAUGACAGGAUCUUCUACCUAAGGUCUUUUGUAGAAGUACUGGAUUAUCUAGGAUCUCUCAUAAUAGCUUGUGGUGGAUUAUGGUUACUAAAAACCAAUGGAUUUAGCUGGAUUCAGACUCCAAUGCUGAUCUUACAAUUAUGUUCUCUUUGGGAUAGAUUCCAAAAUGGCCGAAAAACCUUGGUUUUAAGGAGAGACGCCAGGAAAAAAAUAGAUUCCAUACCAACAGCAACUCGGGAAAAAAUCGGUGAAUAUGAUGAUGUUUGCCCAAUCUGUCAUCAAAAUAUGUCGUCUGCAAAAAUCACUCCGUGUGGCCAUCUUUAUCACAGAGAGUGUCUACAGAAGUGGAUGAAUUUAAAAGACUCGUGUCCCCUUUGUUCCUACCAACUUACAGUUCAAACGUCUCCUUCCUAAAAAUAUUUGCUGUAUCAAGUGGCAUUGCAUGUAAUUUCUUCUAUAAGCAAAUCAUUUAAUAUUUAAUGUGGCCUUUUAUAUAAAACAAUGAAAGGUUUGCUCAUUUAUACCCUAUACUUCACAGUGUCACUAAAAUAAAAUUAAAUGCGUUUCUUGUUUUUUUUUUUAAUUUUGUUCAUAAUGUUAAGUUUGAUAUCGCAUGAGAAAAUGAAACAAAAUGAAACGGAGAUUAAAACAUAAUCAAACGCGUGAAUUUAAUACAAUUUUAUUUAUAAUAAUUCACUUAAUAUUAUCCAAUACAAUUAACUUGAAAUUUGUAUUUUUGAAUGUGACUUAAUGUCUGUAGAAUUCUGGCAAUGAAAACACAAAAAGUUUAAGAAUUGUGUUUAGUUAUACCAACAAUUUCCAAUAUACUGAUCUAAAGGAAUAUCAGAUAUUUUGGUUGCAUUCAUUACUGUGAUUGAUAUGCAAUAGAGUUCA